CAAACUGUUACAAUAUAUUCACCAGUAUUCAAUACAACACGCUACACUAUACAACAUCAAUACUAACAGACAAUUUAAUAUUCAUAAAACCAAAUGUUUAUUAACACUUGAACAUUUGUUGGUCCAGACUAAAUUAUAGUGAAAAGAAAAGGAUAAUUUUGUUAUCCAAGAUUUAAGUAUUAUAAUGAAUAAUCGAUGAGGCGGAAAAGAUAACCAAGUUUCUAAGCUCCGACAAAGUUUAAGGCGUAGUGAUUUCAAAUAUGUUCCUACUCCUUCUAUAUUCCUUGUUCUUGGGAGGGGUGGAGAGCAAGGGUAUGGUUGGGAAGGUUAGCGGAGUGGUUGGAUAUCCUGUGACCAUUCCUUGUGAUAUUACUCCUCCUGGACCCGGAGAUAGUCCGCAUCUAAUCCUGUGGUACAAGAAUAUAUUUGGAACUCCGAUUUAUAGUGUGGACGGUAGGAACGGGUUGAAAACUGCAACACACUGGAGAGAUGAGAAUGUUCUGGGAAACAGAGAAAACUUCUUUAUCUCGGAGGAGAAGGAUCUUAUCAUGGCAUAUCUUAAUAUAUCCAACACAAAACCGUCGGACGCUGGACCGUACAGGUGCAGGGUGGACUUCUGGAAAGCUGCCACCAGGAACUUUAAAAUCUUUGUGGAGCUUGCAACCGAGGUGGACGCACUCAAUAUAUACAACGGGAAGGGUCAGCUGAUCACGGAUCGUAUUGUAAGCAGCAGAAUCAAUGGUUCCAUCAGUCUCUCUUGUAAAUCAUUUGGUGGAUCCCCUCAACCUGUUCUAUCCUGGAUUCUUGACAAUGAAACUGUUGCAGCUCCAGUAGAUAUUGUCCAGGUUGAGAACUCUGUAUCCUCUAGGCUAGAGCUGAGGAAUCUUCAGAUCAAGGAUUCAGGGAAGACAGUAACAUGUUUAGCUAAGAACAACGACCUAUACUCCCCACCACAAGCUUCAGUCAAACUCGAGAUAGUUCUAGCUCCAGUCCGAGUUGAAAUAUCAAGAACAGUCUCAACAUUUGUAGCAGGAACCUCGUAUAACCUGACUUGUCAGGUUCUUGGUUCCAAUCCAACCCCAACAACAUUUCUGUGGGUUGCAGGAAAGAAGCUUGAGAACAUAAACGUGCGCGAGAGUUCGGACGGGAAAAUAUUUACUAUUGUUUCCACUUUCAUCCCAACUCCUGAACAUGACGGAGAAUUUAUCAGCUGUCGUGCUCUUAACAAAUAUCUUCCUAAUGAAGCUUUAGAGGAUCAGUGGAAGAUUAGUGUGGUGUAUCCGCCCAUAUCCGUCAUUAGGGCGGAAUAUCCUGAAUAUACAAACCAGAGCAGUUUAUCCGUAGAAGUGGCGCGAAAAAUAAUUCUCUCUUGUGAAGCAAAAUCCAACCCUAAACCGUUCGAAUAUCAUUGGAGACACAAGGAACUGGGUAGAAUAAAUUCGCAAUCCAGUACUUCGUCCAAAUUCAUCCUCCAGGACAUUAAGGUUGAGCAGGCCGGGUUCUAUACCUGCCUAGCAGAGAAUCUCCAGGGUGUCGGAGAAUCUAACUCUAUUUAUGUAGAUGUGCAGUAUCCUCCUAUCUGUAGAGAUGAAACUGUUCUUGACAUAUUUAUUUCUGUUCACGAGUCCGUGGAUCUGGUUUGUGAGAUGAACUCGAACCCAGUGAACCUAACUUUCCUCUGGAACCUGCACAUCAAGGACGGAGACGUUGUGAACCCUGUAGAUGUUCCAUCCUCCCAGUACACUCAGCAUGAGAGAAGAUCCGUCUUAACCCUUACCCCCAGGACUCCUGGAGAUUUUGGGACUGUAACCUGCAGAGCUAGAAACAGCGUUGGAGUUGGAAGACCUUGUAAAUAUCAAAUAAAUAAGAAGAUAUCAGUCCCUGGGUUGAAGAGCUGCCAGGUGACUACGAAGUGGGAAACUAUCCUGGUGGUUUGUGAUCCUGAAAACCAGGUUUACGAUGAACAUGUUGAAUACGAAGCUGAACUGCUGGAUACAGGACUAGGUAUCAGUAGAACUCUUCUAUCCUCCGUCCCAACCUUUAGUUUCCCCGCAGUUCGACAAAACACGGUGUAUACCAUUAAUGUAUCCGUUCUCCAGGGUCUACCCAGCCAAGGGAACGGGGUGGAGAAGAAGGUAAAGUUUAGUCAGGUUCUCUCCAUGAAAGAAUCAAAGCAGGACAGCACCUCUGCUCCGACAGAUGUAUCCCUCCUAUAUGAAGAUCAGAUGAUAGAGAAGCUUCUUCCCCUUCUUGGAGUAUCAGGACUCCUCAUAUUCACGUUCAUUAUAGUCAUGGUUUCCAUCAGUAUUAUUAGAAGAUCUAGAGAUAUCUUCAAGGAUAAAACCCUUCACACUCAUAUAGCAUUUAACCAAGGACUUGAUCAGGAUAUUCCCGGAGUACACAAAAUUAGAAGCGGGGUUCAUAGAGUACAUAGCAUGGACCAACUCAAUCAGAUCACAUUUGAAGGGUUUAGCUCAGAUGCUCUGAAAACCGCUCUACUCCCAAAGUACAACACACUUCCUGUCGGCGGCGUCUCCAUAGUGUCGGUUCUCCAGCACACAAACUCCGUCUCCGAUACCAGCAUUGUCAAGAGGGUCACCUUCGCCAAGGGUUCCGGAAGCACAAGCUCUAGUAAUGAGAACUCCUCCAGCGAUUCUGUUCGAACUAUGCGGGAUCGGAGCGAGUACAUGAAUGAUCAAGAUCCACCAUCGUAUCCAUACGAGGAGAGUUCUCUAAUAUAGAUCUAAAACAGCAAGAUGAGGACAAAAUAAAACAUAUCCUAGAUCAAUUUAAUUUUGUUUAUAAAUCUUAGGGAAUUUAUUGCUGUCAUAAUAUUUUUACUUACAGUUGUCGGCGUUAAAAUCAAUACAAUGAAAACGAAUUUUUGAUAUAAGUUCUAACUUCUAACAAGCUUUUUUCAAAUUACACGUUUACAAGAGAACAAACGAGAAAUUGUUAAUUAAGAGCGUCUCAUUAUUUCCGUAUCCAUCCCGUUUAAAUGCCUGGCAGGCAAUAAAUUGAAAUCGAAAGUCGUCUUCAUUGUAUUGAUAUUUACGACGACAACUGUACACCAAAAUUAUUUUUAAGAAGCUUACCUUAAAAAUAAUGUCUUCCAGAAUUAAAACAGAAAAUAACUUGCUCUUCCAUCUAUAUCUUCCAUUUUUCGUUACAGCUCCCGCAUUUUUAGUCAAUUUA